AGGGUGACAGUAUGUAAAAAAAAAAACACACACAAAAAAAAUAUAAAAAAAAAAAAAAAAAAAAAAAUUUUGGCCAAGAUUUAUGAAGAAAGAUUAUUUGCAAAAUGUUAUAAGAAAAACACUUUUUUUUCAAAAUGUUUGCACUUUUUCAUUUAUAUAGCAAAAAAAUUAAAAUCUCAGUGGUGAAUAAAUACCACCAAAAUAAAGUUUUAUCUGUCUCAAACAAAUGCUAAAAAAUGCAUAUGGGUGCAGUGUUGCAUGACCGCUCAGUUGUCAUUCAGAGUGUGAUAGUGCUGAAAGCUGAAAAUUGGCCUGGACAGGAAGGGCGGGAAAGUGCCCGGACAUGAAGUG